AUGGUGGCCUUAACAAAGACCUUAUCAAAAUGGUUGGCCAAAAUAACAGAGUCAAAAUGGACGAAACUUUUUGUUCUUGCAUCCAUAACACAAUUGCUUGCUGUAAUUGUAUUAGAAAGCCGAGUACUUCGAAGAAAUAUGGAUUUUAAAGCAAUUAUUAUUCGAAACAUUCAAAACGAUGUUGAUUGUGAUCUUAAUCCAUCAAAAGAUCGUAUGUCACUUAUCAUACAAGAAAAUGCUAUUUUCAUGAUAUUUCAAUUGUUCCAGCUUUAUUUUUGUCUCAAUGCGGUUAUCAAUCAAAAUACAAUUCAAAUCAUUACACUUACUGUUAUAAAUUUUGUCUGUGGGUUCUAUGGCAUUGUUCAAAUCUUUGAAAUAAAAAAAUGGAAUAGUGAUCUUAGUAGUGUUCUAUGUCAAAAUAUUGAUUUUGACAGACAAUUUUCAAGCCAUGAUAUACCAUUAGUAAUCGUUUUAGUUGGGUUCUCAUUAAUUAUGGCUUUCAUAAGUUUCAAAUUAUAUCAACAAUUUGGAUGGAAUAAUUAUAAAAAAAUUGGUGCAGAUAUCAAUGUUCAAAAAAUAUAUAAAGCUACCCUUAUUUUUGUUAUGUUAUUAAAGCUUGAUUUAUUCUUUGUGUUCCUCUUGUCCAUCGAAGUUUUCUUUCUUUUUAGUGAAAAAAGUGAAAAUGAUAAAAAACUUGAAUUUACUUUUACACUUCCAAAAAAAGUUUAUUAUUUUCAUAUGGUUGUGACGAUCAUGAUAUUUUUCUUGGAAAUUCUUGCUUAUCGAUCUUUACGAAAAGAGUGGAGGAAAGGCAUGUUUGCUUAUAUCGUAUUGUCAACAGUUACCAUUGUCGAUUUUGUCAUUAUUUUACGAUCCGCGACAAAUACAGUAAAUAAUAACUGGUAUUUCUUUAUUGUUUUCCUGUCCGUUGCUAUUGUGCUAUGUUUGACAACUUGGUUAUAUGCUGUACUCAUAUUCAAAAAUUUUGGAAAAGGUUUAGCAUUAAUUUUUAAGAAAAAAGAGAAUCAUCUUCAGGAUCCCGAGGUUGGUGGCAGUACUCAAGGCGAAAAAAGAUUUAUAAUCGAGGAAGAUUAA